AUGGAUUCUCCCCUCGUGUCCCAGCUGUUCCGCCAACUUUUCCACCAAAGGCCUGCUGGAUGCCUUCAGAACCUGCGCCAGGCUGCUCGCCGCAACACCAAUGGCAGCUUCGUCGUCCAAAGCCGCUCGUAUGCGAGUCGCCCUCGAGCUUCGAAAGACCGCGGCAUGAAAACGAACGAGAGUCGCUGGCAACAACGCACCAAUCUGCUUCCCGAAGACCGCUCUGCCGAGUUCGCACAAUAUCCGCAGUUGACUAUAGAAGACCUCAAGUUGAGAAAGGAGCGGCCGCGUCGAGUGAGGAUGCUCCUCAGAGAUUUCAUAGACGAUAGCUUGUAUAACCCACACUAUGGAUAUUUCUCAAAGCAGGCUGUUAUCUUCAGCCCUGGCGAACCCUUCGAUUUCACAUCAAUGCGCGACGAACUUGAGUUCAAUACCCACCUAGGGUACCGCUACACAGAGUUCGAAGACAUGCUUGAUGAUAGGGACGGUGAUAACCCCACGCGUCAGCUCUGGCACACUCCCACCGAGCUCUUCAGGCCGUACUAUGGCGAGGCCAUCGCUCGGUACUUGGUCGACAACUACCGGUUAACUACUUACCCAUAUGAUGAUCUCCUCAUAUACGAAAUGGGUGCAGGUCGGGGAACCCUCAUGCUCAACAUUCUGGACUUCAUCCGAGCUAUCGAUCCCCAGGUCUACGCCAGGACCAAAUACAACAUCAUUGAGAUUUCCCCGGCUCUCGCGAAGAUGCAGAAGCACCACCUCCUUUCCACGGCUGAAUCCCGCGGCCACACUGACCGAGUGAACAUCAUCAACAAGUCCGUCUUCGAAUGGAAUCAAUACAUUCCAUCCCCUUGCUUCUUUCUUGCCAUGGAGGUGUUUGACAACUUUGCACAUGACGGAAUUCGUUAUGACGUCGCAACCGAGGAGCCCCUCCAGGGGCAUGUUCUCAUUGAUGGCGAUGGAGACUUUUACGAGUUCUACGUCCACGAUCUCGAUCCCCUAGCGGCCAGAUACUUCCGUGUCAGACACGCCGCCACAGCGGGAAAUUAUCCCAGACCCUACCCAACAAAUCCCGCCUUGCGAUAUCUCUCUACCAAGAUGCCCUUCGCCGCGAACCUUUCCCAUCCCGAGUUCAUCCCCACCCGGCUACUUCAGUUCUUUGAUGUUCUUGAGAAGUACUUUCCCGCCCACAGACUCCUCAGCUCCGACUUCCACUCCCUUCCACAGGCGAUCAAGGGCUUGAACGCUCCUGUUGUCCAAACCCGCUACAAGAGGACUACUGUGCCUGUUACAACACCAUUGGUCCACCAAGGGUACUUUGAUAUUCUCUUCCCCACGGACUUCAAUAUCACCGAGUCCAUCUACAGGGCCGUCACCGGGAAACUUACCCGUGUAAUGGCCCAUGGCGACUUCAUGGCGCGGUGGGCAUAUAUCGAGGAUACAGAGACUCGCAGCGGAGAGAAUCCACUCCUGUCACACUACCGAAAUGCCAGCGUUAUGGUUACUGUAUAA